AAAAAAGAAAAUUUUUUUAUCCUCCCGCAACCGCAAACGCUAGCUGGAACAAGCUUUUGAAUUUAUGAGGUUCAGAGCGAUUUGGAGCGGUUUAGAACGGUUUGAACGAUUGUUGCAAAACGUUAACAACCGCUACCAACCGCAAAAGCUGCGUUUACGGGUGGUAGCGGGAAAACCAGUCAUACCCUUACUGUAGACUUUUCUACAUAGACUUUUGAUGUAGUUAAAUUUGUUAUAACUGUAAGUUAUAUGCUGUAGAUAUUUCAAAAUAAAAUAUAUGAAAUUUGUGUUGUAUAUAUAAAUAAAAUAAUUUAUAUUAAUAUUUUUUAUAAAUUAUCAAAAUUUAUUGUAAUUUAAAAUGUGAUAUGUUAAUAAUAUUUAUAUUAUUUAAAUAUCUUAAUACUUAAAAAAACUCACAUUCAAAAUUAAAAUAUUUAUAAAAGUUUUAUUAUGAUUAUAUAAUUUAUUUGAUAUUAUAGAUAUUUUUUUCAUUUUACAGAUUCUACAGCCUAUAAAAAGAUGAUGUAGUAUUUUUGUCUAAAAUACAUAAAAAAAGUUUUGUUUUAUUUUUUUUAUGUAGCUUUAAAAAUAAAACUAAAGCAUGAUUGAUAAAAUUAAAUAAAAACUUGAUGUAUACUUUAAUUUUUAAAAAUAAAACUACAACAUGAUUGAUAAAAUUUGGUGAUUUAAAAAUAAAUAAAGCUAAAGUAGAGUGAUAAAGCUCAACCAAUCACCUCCAUGUGUUAACGUGUGCUUUUUGUGUGAAUAUAGGAUAAAAACUGAUAUGCAAGAAAUUUUGGAAACCAAAAAAGGAAUUUGGAUUUUCAUAAAUCAACUUGCUUUAGAAGAAAUCUCAUCGACAUGUAAAUAUGUAUAUAACAGAAGUCAUUCAUCUAAAGAUAUUUGACAGCUACGCUGAUAUUUGUUCGUUUGGUUGAUAGACCUUGAGAAUGGUUUGCUAGGAAUAUUGGUAGAGGUAUUUUGUUGUAUUAAUAGGUGUUGCAAAAUUAAAGCUUAAAUCAGAUAAAAUAACUCUUAAUCAUUAGUGUUAUAUAUAUCUUUAAGUUUCAUGUAUUAAAAUGAGUACGUAGACUAAACCACCGAUCGUUUCCGACCAAGUUUUUGAUCAGAGUAAUGGCCGUAAACUGACCUGUUUCCUGGCUUCGGGAAGCCCAUGUGGAAUCCGAAUACGAUUAGUAUUGUAAUAGAUAAGUUUGCUAGGAGUCCACACACACAAAAAAAAAAAAAUUAUUCAUCAAGGGCUAACAUCCCAUUUUUACAGUUUUAGGCUUUUAGCAGAAACUCCAAACAAAGACUGAAAGAAAAAUAAUUCAUCUAUAAUAAUAUUCGACAGUGAUAAACAAAGAAAAACAACAAACAAGUGGUCAGAUCUUAUUUCCUCAUAAAAAGUUCUAAUAACUGAAUCGAUAUAGUUCCUGAACGACAAUACUGACCGGAAGAUUCGGAACAUUAAAUCCAUUUUAAACAUGUGGGUUCUUCCUAUCAUCCUAUGUGGUCCCGAAAUUACUAUUGUUUUUAUUUUACAAGCCAAAAUUACAAUAAUCUCUUACAAGCCAAAAUUACCAUUAUACCUUCAUUCUAUAAACACUAUAAAAAACCCAAGCCCCUCAACCACAAAUCACUCAUCAUAGAAACGAAAUGGAAAAAAGUAAAAGAAACUUAUUAUAUGAAGAAGCUAAAGCUUCUCUAGACAUCUGGAGAUAUGUCUUUGGCUUUGCAGAUAUAGCAGCUGCAAAGUGUGCCAUCGAUCUUAAGAUACCAGAAGCCAUUGAAAACCACCCUUCCUCACUGCCGGUGACACUAGCUGAGCUCUCCGUCGCAGUCUCUGCCUCUCCGUCACAUCUCCACCGUAUAAUGAGGUUUCUUGUGCACCAAGGAAUUUUUAAACAAGUUCCCAUAAAAGAUGGUCUAGCCACAGGCUACACUAACACGCCACUCUCUCGCCUUAUGAUGAUCACAAAACGUGACGGCAAGUCUCUGGCUCCUUUCGUUCUCUUCGAAACAAGUCCCGAGAUGCUAGCUCCAUGGUUAAGACUGAGCUCAGUUGUCGCUUCUCCGGCCAACGGUUCACAUCCACCACCGUUUGAUGCGGUGCACGGUAAAGAUGUGUGGGCUUUAGCAGAGGAUAAUCCAUGCCUCAGCCAUAUGAUCAAUGAGGCCAUGGCUUGUGACACAAGGCGCGUGGUGCCACGUGUUGCCAGAGCUUGUCACGACUUGUUCGAAGGCGUGGCUACGGUGGUGGAUGUAGGAGGCUGUACCGGAGAGACGAUGGGAAUAUUGGUUAAAGAGUUUCCUUGGAUCAAAGGAUUUAACUUUGAUGUUCCUCAUGUUAUCCAAGUUGCUCAGGUGUUGGAUGGCGUUGAGAAUGUCGGAGGCGAUAUGUUUGAUUCUGUUCCAAAAUGUGACGCCGUUCUCAUCAAGUGGGUGUUACAUGAUUGGGGAGACAAAGAUUGCAUAAGAAUAUUGAAGAAUUGCAAAGAAGCUGUCCCACCAAAUAUCGGGAAAGUGUUGAUAGUGGAAUCUGUAAUCAGAGAGAAGAAAAAGGCGAUGAUAGUGGAAGACAGAGAUGAGAAGUUAGAGCAUGUGAGAUUGAUGCUUGAUAUGGUGAUGAUGGCUCACACAACCACAGGCAAAGAACGAACUUUGAAAGAGUGGGACUUUGUUCUUAACGAAGCUGGUUUUGCCCGAUAUGAAGUUAGGGAUAUUGAUGAUGUUCAGUGUGUUAUCAUAGCAUAUCGGUGAUAAAAGCAAGAUAUGAAAGGGUUAAUCCAAGCUAGGGAAGAGCUAAACCAAAAUUUACUUCGAGAAAACUGAAUCUAUUUGCGGUUAUCGGCUAAGUAGUACGCGUGUGAGAAGUUAUGCUAAGUGUGAAUGGUUGUGUCGUGUCAGAAUAAUCAAGGCUUGUUUACGUAUCAGUUAUGUUGUGUCGUAAUAAUCAAGGCUUGUUUCAGUACCAGCCAUGUUGUGUUGUUCUUUUUUUAGUAACUGAAUUGUUGCGUGUUGUUCUUUGUACCUCCACUUAUUUUUUUAUCAAUCUCGUUGAUUAAGGAGGUGCUAUUGAAUGUGGUACACUGACUUGCACUUAUAAGUUGUUUAUAUCUAUAUAUUUAUUAAUUUAUUUGAGU